CACCCCAUUAGUCAACUCUCGAUUUGACUCCAGAGUCUGUCCACUGCGUCGCUGUCGCACACAACGCCCGCGUUGCCGAAUUUGCCCAAUCGAACCAGGAAGUUAAGGAAACGCCCAGAAAUCUUGAGCAUUAGGAAAACACCGUAAUUGACUCUUGUCCGGAUCCAGCUCGCGACACCGAGUCUCGUUCCUCGUGUGUUCUCCGCGAGCUGAGGAAGGGUGCGGAUUUGGGUUUCAAGAAGGGUGUCGCUAGGGGAGGCGUCGCAUUCGAUCUUGCUCCUCGGAGAUGGAACUGAAGAGGGAGAGGCUUGUGAGGUUUUAUUCUGAUGGAAAACAGCAGAAAGAAUUGAGACGGGGAAGUGAUGACCCUUCGGACUUGAAUAUGUCGUCUUCCAAGUACAUGGUUUCCUCAUCGUCUUUGCUGAAAUCAGAUAAUGGGUUCGUGGGAGGUAGAUGUAAACUACCUGAAGCUUUUUCAAGUAUGAGGAGUAAGGUGUUUCCAGAGGACCUUGCGCCUGGGCGGAGUAAAAUGCUUGAUCCGGGGGGUGAAAUUGUGUUGAGGUGGAACCGGAUUUUCAUUUUCACAUGCUUAAUGGCUCUCUUUGUCGACCCAUUAUAUUUUUACUUGCCAAUAGUGGGAGGGACUUCGGACAACUCCUGCAUGAAGACAGACUUGAGUCUACGAAUCAUAGUAACGUGCUUUCGGACAAUGGCAGACCUCUUUUAUGUGCUGCACAUGGUUAUAAAGUUCAGAACAGCUUUUGUUGCACCGAGCUCUCGAGUGUUUGGUAGGGGUGAACUUGUAAUGGAUCCUAAGAAGAUUGCUCGACAGUAUAUUAGAUCUGACUUCUUGGUUGAUCUCAUUGCAGCAUUGCCUCUUCCUCAGAUAGUGAUCUGGUUCAUUAUACCAGCAGCCAGAAGUUCUCGGACAGAUCAUAACAACAACACACUGGCGUUGAUUGUUUUGCUGCAGUAUGUACCAAGGUUGUAUCUUAUGUACCCGUUAAGUUCUCAAAUAAUCAAAGCAACUGGAGUGGUUACAAAAACAGCUUGGGCUGGGGCUGCAUAUAAUCUGCUGCUAUACAUGUUGGCGAGCCAUGUUAUAGGAGCAGCAUGGUACCUUUUGUCAGUUGAUAGGUACACAUCAUGCUGGGAAUCAGUUUGCCGAAAGGAAGAAAGUCCUAUCAAGUGUGUUCCUGAAUAUUUGAGUUGUGAUGGUUUUGAUCUUAAUCGCCAAAGAUGGGCCAACAGUACAAAUGUUUUCAACAGUUGUAAUCCCAAUAACAAUAGUACCACAUUCAACUAUGGGAUAUUUGAAAAUGCAGUGACCAAAAAUGUUGUUUCUUCUAAUUUUGUGGAAAGGUACUGCUAUUGUUUAUGGUGGGGUCUGCAGCAAUUAAGUUCUUAUGGUCAAAAUUUGUCAACAAGCAUGUUUAUUGGGGAGACAUCAUUUGCCAUACUUAUUGCCAUCUUGGGUCUGGUUUUAUUUGCCCAUCUGAUUGGCAACAUGCAGACCUACCUGCAGUCCCUUACUGUAAGGCUUGAGGAAUGGAGACUUAAACGAAGAGACGCAGACGAAUGGAUGAGGCAUCGCCAGCUUCCCGAAGAUUUAAAACAACGUGUACGUCGUUUUGGCCAAUACAAGUGGCUUGCUACUAGAGGAGUUGACGAAGAAUCCAUCCUCCGUGGUCUACCAGCUGAUCUCCGUCGUGAUAUUCAGCGUCACUUGUGCUUAGACCUUGUUCGGCGUGUACCCUUCUUCUCCCAAAUGGAUGAUCAACUUCUCGAUGCAAUAUGUGAGCGUUUAGUUUCCUCGCUAAGCACUGAAGGUACCUACAUUGUUCGUGAGGGUGACCCCGUGACAGAGAUGCUUUUUAUUAUCAGAGGCCGGUUGGAGAGUUCUACUACUAAUGGAGGUAGGACUGGUUUUUUCGAUUCAAUUACAUUGAGACCUGGAGAUUUCUGUGGUGAGGAGCUACUUGCUUGGGCGUUGCUCCCGAAAUCCAGUGUCAAUUUGCCUUCCUCGACUAGAACAGUUAGAACGCUCGUAGAAGUGGAAGCUUUUGCUCUGAGAGCAGAAGAUCUCAAGUUUGUGGCAAACCAAUUUAGACGCCUCCACAGCAAAAAGUUGCAACAUACCUUCAGAUUUUAUUCCCACCACUGGAGGACAUGGGCUGCCUGCUUCAUCCAAGCAGCUUGGCGCCGACAUAAGAGGAGGUCUAUUGAAAACAGUCUUUCCAUGAAAGAGUAUGAGGAUGUGGUCGAUGAGUCAGGUCAAGAGACAGAGGAUUCUUUUGUCUCCAGAAAUCCUUCUCAGGCAAAACUAAAUCUGGGAGUGACAAUACUGGCUUCCAGAUUUGCUGCAAACACGAGGAGAGGAGCUCAAAAGAUCAAAGACGUGCAGAUGCCAAAGUUACAAAAACCUGAGGAACCUGACUUUUCCUCCGAACCUUAUGAUGAAUAGCUGGACUGGUUGUGUCAGGUUUUCGUUGCUUUAGCUUUUACAUGCCAUCAAGAAGACUUUCUUCUGAGAUGGAAUCUACAGUGGUGCGGUCUUGAGCUUGCGUAUAUUGAGGUUAGGCUGAGACAUCAGGGUUUCACAACAAAGAGACUCCUCUCUGAAGGAAUGGUAUGACUUAGAAAGACAAGAGUGACAGAGACUCAGAGUGCCAGGUGAGGAGAAGAAGUCAUUAAGGCGUUUAACAAUGUGUCUAAUUUGGCUGCGCAAAUGUUUGCUCUUCCAAAUGGGUGAGCUGAAUUCUACGCAACUGAGCAUUCGUGCGUGAAGUUAUCUUUUAUGUUGCCAGUGAAAA